UAUACAUGUUGUUUUUAAUUGUGUACUUUAAUUUUUUAAUAUGUUAAUUAUUUAAUAAUUAUUUCAAUCAUUUACGAUUAACAUAACAAACAGAAAUGACUGAUAAGGAUUUGACAAAAGUAUGUGGCAUUUGUGGUGACAAAGCUCUCGGCUAUAAUUUCAAUGCAAUUACAUGUGAAUCAUGCAAAGCAUUCUUUAGAAGAAAUGCUUUAAGAAAUAAAGAAUUCAAGUGUCCAUUUGAUGGCAAAUGUAAGAUAGAUUUAGUCACCAGAAGAUUCUGCCAGAGAUGUCGGCUUAAGAAAUGUUUUGACAUCGGUAUGAAAAAGGAAUGGAUUCUUUCAGAAGAGGAAAAAGUUAUGAAAAGGAGUAAAAUUGCAGAAAACAGAAAAAGAAAGCAUGACUUCGAUGGCAACGAUGGCAUUAAAGUCGCCGACUCGACCACCAGUGCUGAUAUUAACCUCAUGCCUGUUGUUAUGGCUAACAAUUGUGAUAAUUUACAGAUGAUAUCAACAAAUAUGAACCAAAACCUUACCAAAAGUGCAAUGUUUGAUAUGAAUGCCAUUAAUGAUAAUAACAAUAGUUAUCAAUACAGUUGUGAUAAUAAUAAUAGUAUGCUUUUCAGUGCAAAUAGAGUACAAAACAGUGAUUCUUAUAAUACAUUUUGUGAUUCAUUAAUCCAAAACUCAUACUUUGAUGAAUCGCAAGAAUGUUUGGCCAUCGGUUCCAAUCAAACUAAUAUGAAUUCAAAUGAUUUACAAUUGAUGACUAUUGAUAGUGAUAAUCAACAAAAUAAUUAUUGUAAUGGUAUUAAUGGUAUCAAUGGUAUCAAUGGUAUCAAUGGUAUCAAUGGUAUCAAUGGUAUCAAUGGUAUCAAUGGUAUCAAUGGUAUCAAUGGUAUCAAUGGUGAUGACAAUUUCAAGACAAAGUUGGACGACAUUUCACAAAUUGAUGACAUGAAUGACAUACCAGAGAUUGUCUAUAGGAAAGCCAUUGAACUGGAAUUUGCAUCAAUUCCUAUAAGAAAAUCAAUAAAUGAAAUUAAUUCAAAUUAUUUUGAAUUUAACGAAUUAGAGACAAAUAAAUUAUCAGAAUUUUUGAAUGCAUCCAAUAUAUUGAAGGAACCGUUAACUUCAAUACCGACACAAAUGACCGGCAUUUUGGACGCACUUAAGAUGACUGACCAAACUGUUAGGCGAUUAAUAAAGACAGCUAAACGUCUUCAAGGAUUUAAGAUGUUGUGCCAACGCGACCAGAUUGCUCUUCUUAAGGGUGGAUGUACUGAACUCAUUAUAUUGCAAUCUGUCAUCUCUUACAACUACGACAAACAAUAUUAUUCAUUUGUUAUGUCAAAAGGCAAUGUAUAUGAGGCACACAAAAAGUUUAUGAUGGCUUUCAAACAGGAAUGGGAUUCAGACACAACUAUAGUUGAUUUGUUAAUUGCAAUAACACUUUUCUCACCUGAGCGACAAAACGUAACCCAAAAAGAUAAUAUAAAACUUGAACAGCAAACAUACAUGUAUUUAUUACAAAGAUAUUUAGAGAUUAAAUAUUACUCUAAAUGUGAGGCAAAAUCUAAAUUUUUGCGAUUAAUGACAAAAUUAGAAGAAUUGCAUUCACUUAAUGAGGACCACAUCCGCAUGUAUUUGGACGCCGAUCCAAAUGAUUUUGGACCACUUCUUAUAGAGAUUUUUGAUUUAAAACAUUAAACAUUUUUAUUAUUUUCAAUAUUUAUCUCUUUUAAAAUACACAGAUAAUUAAAAAACAGUAAUUACAAGAAAAAUUAUUUUUGGUAUAUACUGU